GGAGCCGCCGCCGAGCCCGAACCGCCGCCCCCGCCCGGAGCCCCUCCCGCCGCCCCUCCCGCAGCCCCUCCGCGGCGGAGCGUUCGGCGCCAUGCCCAAGAAUAAAGGCAAAGGAGGUAAAAACAGGCGACGAGGUAAGAACGAGAAUGAAUCAGAAAAAAGAGAACUGGUGUUCAAAGAAGAUGGGCAAGAAUAUGCCCAGGUGAUCAAGAUGUUAGGCAAUGGAAGACUGGAGGCAUUAUGUUUUGAUGGUGUGAAGAGGUUAUGUCAUAUUAGAGGGAAGCUAAGGAAAAAGGUCUGGAUAAACACAUCUGAUAUUAUAUUGAUUGGCUUAAGAGACUACCAGGAUAACAAGGCUGAUGUUAUUCUAAAAUACAAUGCAGAUGAAGCCAGAAGCCUGAAAGCAUAUGGAGAGCUUCCAGAACAUGCUAAAAUCAAUGAAACAGACACAUUUGGUCCUGGAGAUGAUGAUGAAAUCCAGUUUGAUGAUAUUGGAGAUGAUGAUGAAGAUAUUGAUGAUAUCUAAUUUGGAACAGAGGUUUACAUUCCAACUUUUUUCCUCCAAGGAUUGUUCUACAUUGAUACUUCGAUUAUUUUUUGGGUGAAGUCCCUUACUUUUAAGAAGACUGAAAAUUCUCGGUAAAGAGUGUAGUUUGUUACAUCAAAAGGAUUUAUUUUCAAUGUUUGUUUUAAAGUAUUUAUAUUUCUUUAGAAAUGGAUAACGCUGGAUUAUCACAAAGGUUCAAUGACAUGCCACAAAUAUUUUGUCUCUUCACCAAUUAGAGCUUUUAUCUCUGGAUGUAAGUGAGGUACAGUGACAUGGGCUGUAAAAGACUGCAUUUUUCCCUCUUCUGCUUUCAUCACUACAAUUCCAGUUAAACUUGUAUUUUGAAAUAAAAAUUGUUUACCCUGUAAUUAUCAUGGAUUUUGAUUAAAGGCAAAUAACCCAGUUCAGAUUAGUAUCAAAUCAUACUAUGCAGUGUCUGUCCUUAUACCCCUUGCCUUGAUGUUAACUUUAAAAAAGAUUUUGAUAGUAUAAGAGGAAGGCAGAAAUCUGCAUUUAAACUCACAAUGCAUGAUGAAUCUGCUUUUCACAUCUAGUAGCAUGCUGCUAUUUUUAUACUGAUUUUGAUAAUUAAAAACACUCAUUAUUUCAAAGAUGUACAUUUUCCAUGGUGGAGGGCGUGGUGGGAGAGGAGUAAAGCUGAAAAGUGAGCAGCAUCUCAAAUUUGCAAUUUUUUGGAAACUGCGGCUGGUGCAGUGGCCGAGCUGCAGCUGCAGACGAUGAACACUGGGUGGCACCCGACUGAACAGGGAGACACAAAUGCAAAGCCUUCACAGUUGGGUUUGUACUGAAAAAUGCAUAAAAUAGAUUUUCCCCAAAGUAAAUGCUUAACAUUCUUGAUAUGUUAAACAUGUAGAAUAUUUUUUACAUUAUAUAAAAGGUUAUGUUAAGAGUAGAGUUUUAUUUUAAUCUGAAAUUCCAUACAUUGUAAGGUGCAACAUAAAAGCUUAUGUGAACUUUGAGUAACAAUAUAAAUAAGAAAAUAAGUUUGUGUCAAAAGUAGAAAGAAUCUUUUCAUCCAGAAUAAAUCAAUGAAACAGACUACUGGAAAGAUUCUUGUCCACCUUCAGACUGGAGGAGUCAGUUGAGAAACUGAAUAAAGACUAACAUCAUCAUGCAAAUAUUAUUUUGUGGUAGCCUUAGUGUCUUUGUCUUUAAUGUAUUUAACAACUCUGAAAGCAGGUUAAUGGAAAAAUUCCUUUUGUGCCAUAAAGAUCUGAUUAACACUUGUAUUCCUUAUACAGUCUUUUUGGUAUGAUGUAAAGUGACUACCCCAGUAGAUAAAAACACAAUGGCUUUAAAUACGGAGUGGCCUCUUUGCUUUACGUGUUUUUUAAAGGAGAUUUAGACAUCCAGAGCUUUUUUUAAAAUGUCUUCUCUUUUUCUUUCAUUAUAGCGUCUAUUUUCCUUACCUAUGGAUCAGCUAUCCUGCUCUAGAAAUAACAUUUUCUUAGUAUUAAGUAAUUUCGCCAAAUAUUUAAUGGAUUUUAACUAUUUGUUGUAAAAACCUGGUAAAUAUUGAGGGAAAGAUUCUACCAGUACAGCAUUCUUACUCAACUGAUCUUAAAUGUAUCAAUUUUCUGUCUUUGUAUGUCUGUAAGGUUCAAUUGUGAAGGAACAUAAAUGGUGUAAUGUUUCAGAAUAAGGCUUAUAAACCA